AUGUCGGCAGUUGGUCCACAUGGAGACCAGGACUUGAAGUCACCAUCACCAAAACCUGGCAUUGAUGAGUUUGGUUUGCGUGGUUUGUUGAAGGUCAUAAGGAUGAAUAAUCCAGACUUGACCUCCCUUGCUUUGGGAAUGGAUCUUACAACACGGGGUUUGAAUUUGAAUGCUUCAGACGAUCUUCACAAAAGGUUUGCCUCUCCAUGGGUUGAAGAACCUCACAAGGGGAAGCCCCAAUACAGUAUCCCAGAAUGCUAUUAUGAUAAACAACCGCCCAUGCUUAAUCAAGCCUAUUUUGCAAAACUACAUCUGGAGACAUUAUUUUAUGUCUUUUACAGCAUGCCGAGAGAAGAGGCACUGCUAUAUGCAGCACAUGAACUGCAUGCUAGAGGAUGGUUCUACCACAAGCAGCAAUGGCUGUGGCUGACUAGGAAUGCAAGCAUGAGGCCCCUUGUCCAAUCUUAG